ACUUUGUAUUCAGAUUUUCAGAGAACAACGAAACUUGUGUCAACUUGUCGUUUUGUGUGCGUGAUUUGUGUCAAUUUUGUGUUGAAAAACAGUGCCACAUUAGCAAUAUUGUCAAAUAAUUAUUUUAUUUAUAUAAAUUUUGAAAAAUGACGACAGCAGCUCGUCCAACUUUUGAUCCAGCACGAGGAGGACAGGGUAGAGGUGAAAAAGAUUUGAGUGCUCUCUCCAAACAGUACAGUUCUCGUGAUCUUCCUUCUCAUACAAAAUUAAAAUACAGAGAACAUGGACAAAAUUCAGCUUCUGAGCUUAGAAGUAAAGAUUUUCGUAAAGAAUUGGAAGAUCGUGAAAAAGAACGUGAUAAUAAGGAUAAGACGUCGAAUCGUCGUAUGAUUGAACCUGAAAGAAGUACAGCGCCCUCGAAUAAAAGACAAAAAGUUGAUCAGGUUCCGGCUGCAAGUCUCGACGCCGACGAUCCUCUAGAUGAAAAUGAAUCCGAUUCUGAUAGUGACGAUGACGAUACAGCCGCUCUAAUGGCAGAAUUACAAAGAAUUCAAAGGGAACGUGCUGCAGAUCAAGAAAAGAAGGAAUUGGAGAAGAGACAAGAAGAAGAAAGAAUACGAAUGGAAAAUAUUCUUUCGGGAAAUCCACUAUUAAAUUAUUCAGCGCAAGCGAGUCGCUCUGAUUUAAAAGUAAGACGCCGAUGGGACGACGAUGUUGUAUUUAAAAAUUGUGCACGAUCCGAACCAAAAAAGAAGCACGAGGUGUUUAUCAACGAUUCCCUACGAAGUGAGUUUCAUCGAAAAUUUAUGGACAAGUACGUUAAAUAAUUAAUUAGUUUAAUAUUUAAAAAAAAAACUCGCCAAUUUUUUUUUAUAUAAUAUCGAUCGAUUUUUUAACAAAAUUUCGAUUUGUUUUCUUUUGGUGAUAAAUUUCACUAAUGUUUAUAAACGAAAGAAAAAAUAUUUUCACUUUUGUGAAUAUUGUUUCAUUAUUUUUAAUAAGUAAUUAUUUAAAAUCUGGAUUUAGUCCUGGAAAUUAACAAAUUGGGAGUAAUAGAUAUAAAAUAGAAUUAAGUCUUAAAGUAAUGAAAAUACAAUUAUAAAAAUUAAAUUUAAAAUUAAAUUAAAAUAGAAUAAUUAAAUUAAGAUUAAAAAAGUUAUAAAUAUAUACGACUACGUGCAUCAUAAA